AUGGCUUCCGCUUCAGGAACAGACGCUCACUCUCCAGCGACAUGCCAAUCCAACUUCGAGCAGGGCGUCGCCCUGGCGCUCCAUCUCUGGCCCGACCUGACCCUCGCCGUCCAGAACAACUGGGGUGGCCCGGACUCGGAAGAUAAGCGCGACUGGUUCGGCGGCGCCGUCGUCGAGCUGUUCCCAGACCUCACCAAGGCGCCUCCCGCGGUGCAGGAUGAUGCCGGCGACAGCGGCGCGGAGCCGGAUGUCGGCUACGUCGAGGAGUUUAUACUGCAGGUCAUGCUUGACGAGUUUGAGGUCAACGUCGACGACGACUCGAGCUUCGAGGUCGCGGACCAGAUCGUUCGCGUGCGGGGCGAGUGUCUGAAGGGGAAGUUCGACGAGGUGGAUGCGCUGAGGCGGAGAUGGGAGGGCAGGAAGAGCAGCAAGGUGGUGUUCAAGAAGGCCGAGGACCAGGACGACGAUACAGACUGGGACACCGAUGAGGGUGACGACGAAGACGACGAGGAGGGUGGCGGCGAAAUCGAAAUGGAAGACGCCCCUCCCCUAACAUCAACCAAAAAAGAGAAGGAAGCCCCUGAGGUGGAUGAGGAAGGCUUUACCAAAGUAUCGAAAAAGAAGAGGUAG